AUGAAAGUAGAUUCUAAAGGGAAGAUUUUACUACACUUCCUCAACAGCCGACCUUGUACUGUGAACGCCCUAUCGUCGCCAGAUGCGGAAUUGAAUGAUCUCAGCAUUGAUGAGUUAGCUCAAAAGGGAUACUUUCCCAACUUUCGUAAGCAAUACAUUGAGAAUAAGAACGGAACACCGGUUGCUAGAAUACUAAAGAAAGGACCAUACUACUGGUUAUCAUCAAAGUACCUAGCACUACCGUCGCCAGAAAGGAACCACGGAAAUAUGAAUAUCAACACGAUGAGAUACUCCCUGGAUUACAUUCAUCGAUUAUUCGGCAUGUGA